CUUGUGCCUUAUCUGUGGCAAAAUAGAUGGCAACACCUAAAAUCUGAUGUCAUUCUUGUCUGUUGAAAGCUGCUCGAAUGUGGAUUUUCACAAAACAAAUCAAUAAAUAAGACUGUAAUUUAGUUGUAAUUAGUGAAAAUGGAGUUAAAUGAUGUUAUAGUCAACCAGCCCGUCGUUAUAGACAACGGCUCUGGUGUCAUCAAAGCAGGCUUCGCUGGCGACCAGAUACCAAAAUGCAGAUUCCCGAAUUACAUCGGCCGACCAAAGCACAUCCGUGUGAUGGCGGGCGCGCUAGAAGGCGAAUUAUUCGUGGGGCCCCGCGCCGAGGAGCACCGGGGGCUGCUCAGCAUCAAGUACCCUAUGGAACACGGAAUUGUGACCGAUUGGAAUGAUAUGGAGCGAGUGUGGAACUACAUUUACAGCAAGGACCAACUGUCGACGUUCUCGGAGGAGCACCCGGUGCUCUUGACGGAGGCGCCCCUGAACCCGCGCCGGAACCGCGAGAAGGCUGCCGAGGUGUUCUUCGAGACGUUCAACGUGCCCGCGCUGUUCCUGAGCAUGCAGGCCGUGCUCAGCUUAUACGCCACGGGGCGCACCACGGGCGUGGUGCUGGAUUCCGGCGACGGCGUCACGCACGCCGUGCCCAUCUACGAGGGCUUCGCCAUUCCGCACUCCAUCAUGCGGGUCGACGUGGCCGGCCGAGACGCCACCAGAUACUUGAGGCUCCUCUUGCGGAAAGAAGGCGUGAACCUGCGCACUUCAGCCGAGCUGGAGAUCGUGAAGGCUAUCAAGGAACGCGCGUGCUACCUCUCCCCCAAUCCUCUUAAAGAGGAAACUUUAGACACGGAGAGAGCGCAGUACACUCUGCCCGACGGAACACAGCUAGAGAUCGGUCCGGCUCGGUUCCGGGCACCAGAGGUGUUGUUCCGGCCUGAUCUCAUCGGAGAGGAGUGCGAAGGUCUCCACGAGGUCCUAAUGUUCGCCAUCCAGAAGUCGGACAUGGACCUCCGCAAGGUCCUCUACCAGAACAUAGUCCUCUCUGGGGGCUCCACUCUCUUCAGGGGCUUCGGGGACCGCCUGCUGGCUGAGAUACGGAGGCUGGCUCCUAAGGAUAUGAAGAUAAGGAUCUCAGCGCCACAGGAGCGCCUGUACUCCACAUGGAUAGGGGGUUCGAUUCUGGCCUCGCUCGACACCUUCCGCAAGAUGUGGGUCUCCAAACGCGAAUACGAUGAGGAGGGACACCGCGCCGUGCACAGAAAAACGUUCUAAUCGUGCUACUCGCCGAUAGGUGGCGCUAGUAGUAAUGAACAUCUUUCUAAAUACGCUAUCCGACGAUAGGUGGCGCUAGUAAUAUAUAAUAU